AAUGAACGUUGGAAAGAUGGCGACGGCAUACGCACAAGCGAGAGUCAACAGAGCCGGCGGAUAGAAAGUGCUCCAGAGAGACACCAAUCUGCUGUUUUUUGCAGAGAUUUGACGGUGCAAAGUGUGUCUAACGCCUCUUAGACAUGCUUCAGCCCAUGCACGGCUAAAAACAAGGAACCACUGCUUUGCUAUGGAGCCUCCGGAUCGCAACAAGCCCCGCAGCAGGUAUGUGGAUUUGUUAAACAGACACUACACCAUCAGAACCACCUCGCACUUGCCAAAUAGGGAGCUGAACGUGACACUGCAGUCGGGUCUAUGGCAGCGCAUGCGCCCUGUAGAGAAUCCGACUUCCUGUCAAAUAGUGGUGCGCGUGCAGUUUGUGCAUUUGCAACAGUGAAGUUGCAAACUUUUUCGAGCUGCAUUUUCAAGCGGAUUUAACUGCGGAUACUUUAUUCUUGUUUUUAUUUUUGUUGCUAGAGAAAAAGGCAAAAUGCUCGCCCGAUGAUAAGGUAACGUGACGAUUUAUUUCACCCGCAACAAACCAGGGAACAAGCUAGCUAACAUCAACUGUUAGCUGUUGAUUGUCACUUUAUUGUUCAGCCGAGAGUUCGCAAACUAGAAUAAACCGAGCUGAAACUACACGGGUUUUGCAAUGAGGGCUCGUAAGGUGAGCUUGAUAUUAUGCCGCUGGAGUUUGGAGGUUGCCAGAGCAUGCAUUUCAUCAGAACUUGGCAGGCUUUAGCUAGCAUGUUGCUCCACUGUUGUUGUUAAUCCUCCGGUGGGUCUUGGCGCUCCUGUUGUUGUCUCGGGCUGCACUGCUGAAUCAUUGUACAGGCACGUUUACCAUGAACUCUCUGUGCAUUUUUAGGGUUAUUUCUCAUACUGUUGCACGUAAGGGUCUGUAGAUUCGUUAGAAAGAUGAUUUUGCAGCAACAAAUGUGUACUGCGAUCACAGCAGCCGUCUCUACUCAGUGUUAGAAAUGAUGAAUCCACAGAACCAGCACCCACACAACAAUAACACUUCAGCUCAUAUCACAUACUUAGAUUUUCCUUUACAACGGGUCGAUACUGCUUAUUGUAUUUUAGUGAUACAAUAUUCCUUUAAAGGAUCUGCAGUAAUCCUCUAUACAAAAAUUUAAGUCAGUACUGCAAGACUGCACAAUAAAUCACUUAUUUAAUGAUUGCAGUAAAUUGGAGAUGAACAUUCCUGCAUGCAUUCACUGUUUUCUAACUGAUUUUGUGUAUUUUUACUGUGUCGUGGAUGCUUUUGCACCAUUUUGAUGAUUUGGGAUGCAUAAGUGUUGAAAAAACAGACUUUGGAUGCAAAAAACCAACUCCUUUCAGUUUGCUUAUACACCACAUUUCUUUUGCAUACCAUAAUACUGAACAAUAUCCUUGCACAUUGCUAUUUUCCCUGCAGAAUAAGGGUGUAGCAUCACAUUUGCUUGUAAGCGUGGGAAUAAUGAAGAUCUAAGUUUUGUUGUGAAGAAUGAAAAUUGACUUGAAGUCACAAGUUGUAGCAGAUUAGAUUUUUAUUUUACCUACAUGUAGCCUUUCUAUUUUAAAAACUUUACUGUUUUUUCUUAUAUUGCAAAAUUGCCAGAAACUUAUUUUGUCAUAGUCAUUUUUUUUAAUGUUAAAUACUGCAGAUGUUGAAUACUGUUCAAGUUAUUCAAGCUAGUGUCACUAUGUUUGAAUGACAGAACAAUUUUUAAUGCAAAUCUCAGACUUGGUAGAAAUUGUAAACACACAUGAUUUUAUUAUGUAUGUUUAAUUAACCACUGUAUUGCCUGAAUCUAUAAAUGGUUUUGUUCCUAUAAAGAAAAAAAGUGGCUUUGUUUAUAUCCACGUAGGAGUGGAUGGCCCCUUACCAUGAAGGCCACCAUGGUAUCUUGCAUCUUUGCUUUAGUUUCUAUAGUAGCACAAAACAGACAAACUACAACAUACCUGUUUUUGCCGCACAAGAUGCACUGGCAGGAUGAUGAAGAGGAAGAGUGGUCAUUGUGUGUAGAAGAACUUUACAGAUAGAAGAUUUUGAUGGCAGAAACUUGUUGAGUUGAGGAUCACAUGAGCUUCUUUUCCCUUUGAGACUACAUUCACUUUCAUUGCGAAGGGUGAGCAAGGGAGCGUUUCAAUCAAGAAUCUGAUUGUACCUUCAAAUUAAAUGCACAGAUUUCUUUUAAGGCAGUAGGAUAAAAAGAUGAGAAAUAUAAAUGAUGAUAACUACAAACAUCAUAACAACAAGGAUAUCUUUCAGUUUGUGGUUCUUUUUGUUACUGAAAUCAGAUUUUCUCUCCUAAAUUCUUACCAAAAACUAUCCAGAUUUCUCUUGCUAGCUAUUAUUGAGUUAUGCGACACAACAGAUUUGUAUCUACUCUUAUAAUCGGUGCACGCCAAAUUAUAUGCCACUAACCAAUAUCUAUCAGCAGGUUAUUGGCCAACAGAUUAGUUCUCAGACAGUCCAUCUGUGUAGCCCUAUUGUUUGUGACAUUUCCAAUAUUUACACUUUGACAAAUAUAGGACAACAUUUUACAUCAUAACAUUGUUAUUGGCUAAAAUCUUACUUGCACUAGUGUCUUUUAAAUGAGUGUUUGGUUUCAGUUGAGCUGUUAAUGUCUCAUGUAAGUGCACUUUAUGAGCCUAUUAUUCUCAGAAAUUAUAUGGAAGACUCUGUCCAACAUACCAGGAACUACUUUUACUGUGCAGCUUCCCAGUAAUCCAAAGUGAAAGUCCCCUCCAGGCAACAAGAACUGACAUUGUCUUCUAAUUCUACUCAGAUAAACUCCAUAUCUAGUAGUAGCAGAUACUGAGAUGCUUACUUAUAUCUCGUAGUUUUCUGGUAAUUCAAUAGCAAAGUCACCCCCACCCAAAAAAAGUAGAACGAUCCCUUUAAUCAGCUGUAAUGUCAAAGAUCAAUAAUUUCUGAAGUAAACAGUUAAACAGCCGGCCUCAGGAGUACUUGCUUUACCGCUUGCAUAAACUCUCUUCAGCAUUUUUACGUUGAAUGUUUUGAGAAGUCUGAGAUCUGACCUUUUUAUGAUUCAUCAAACUUCACUUGUUUGUUUACAUUUCAAGGUUAUGCAUGGAAAUGCAUACAAAGAGACAUUCAUAGAAAUGUUGUCCUCAUUUGCACACGAUUCCUAAUCUGAAUGUUUAAGUGUUUGCCCCUGACUGCCGACAGACAGACCCUCAGGAAUCUGCUGUUAUGUCUUUCUUCUCCCCUCCCAUCCAUCCUGUUAGCAUACAGUCGUGUGUCUGCAGAGCAACUAUCCCUGAGGGCAUUUAUCACUCUGGAUCAUCUUUGUCAUCGGCUAUAAUCCUGGUUUUGAGCAAACUGCUUGUUUCUUUGUCGGUAAUGAUCGAGUACCAGCCGGUUGUUAUUCCCCUACACCCUUGAGGCCACUCAGUCCGAGCCGGACACACAAACAGCUCGAGCGAUUGUGCAACACCCGACUUGUUACAGUAACUGCUGUUUGGUGUUGUUGCACAGAGAAACAUACUGAGGCAUUAACCUUGCGGUUCCUGGAAGCAUGUCAGUGUCUUUGGCUUUAUUUCAAUGGAUAUGUUUUAUGGUUUUUAGUUUUCAGUUUCAUUUUGAUGCUCAGUUUGCAUGCAGAUUUUGGGUUAAGAGUUAUGCAUGCACCGGAGCAUAAUUUUCCAAGAGCACAACAUAGCCCUCUGCCUUCCAAGUAUGCAUUUUAAUGAACACUAACUAUGAUUUACCCGAUAUGUUGUUUUCAAUUAUUCACUGGUGGGAUUUGAAACAACAUCCAGAACCUGACAAGUGGUUUUAAGGCAGAAGCUGCAUAUUGUUGUGUUGGCUGUAUUUCCCUGAAACUGAAUUCAAAUCUGAGAGAAGAAGACAGUUCAUGGAGCAUGCAAAAAUAGCAAGUUCCCUGUGAAAAAAGCUCUCCCCUCUUGGAAAACAUAGAAAACGUGUGUUCUGCUAUCUUAUCUAAAGUGUGCAGGUAGACUUCAGUUCAUUAAAAAGUGAUUAUUUGUAGUGUGGCUUAACUUUGGUCUCAUUUAAAGGAAUGACAGUAGUUCAGAAUAUAAAAAUCAUUAUCUCUACAUAACUCAGUCACGUAAAAGUAGUCUCAAACACUAGUGUUGCACAGCAUAACAAAAUGUUGGUUGUUUUUCAAAACCUACUAUGUCAAACAGUUUAGUACUAGAACAUGCCUCUGAUGUAAAGCCUUGCAUAUACUAUGUUGUUGACUUUGCACUGUAGCCUACGCCUUAGUGAGCACUACGUACACAUGCAUACUUUGCAAUAGAGUGUCUGCAUUGUUCCACAGUACUCCCCCUUAUGCUAGCUAGCAGUGUGAUUUCUUUGCUUGUCAUAUUGGCAGUUUCUGGUCCCGCUGCAUUCUGGUGCAAACAUUGUGAAGCUGAUAGAUGUGGAACAGCAGUCGAUUAUACUGCAAUUAUUACUCAAAGAAGAAAACAGAGGAGAUGCCAGGGCAGAUAGAGUGUACGGCAACCCCUAAAGAAGCAUAGUUUGCUGUUCAGUGGACUAAUCACAGGGCUUGCAGUCUGCAUGGUUUUGAGAUGUAGUUACUGUAGUUACCGUACUGAGGCUUCUGCGUUGAUACAGUACUGUGUGAACUUGACCCAAAUUUGUUGCAGAAGCAUAAACCAACAGCAAAUAUCCUGACCAGCAUGAUGAAAUACUGACUUGCAUCUUUACAAAGUGGCUGUAUCAGCAAGGAAAUCACGUCAGACACUCAAUGGUCAGGAAGACAUGCGCCUGUUAGUCAUUCUCUUUUAUACAGCCUAAGCCUCUGAUUCCUGUGAAAGAGGGAAAAGCAAUUCCUCUGCCUCAACACGUCCACUAGUGAUGACAACAGUGAGUCAUCUUGACUGAAUAACUCCACACUUUGUUCUGGUGAACAGAACCGGCUACUGGAGUCACUUUUGGGACUGAUUCACCCAUUAAACGUUGCCAAGCACUUCAGUAAUAGAUACCUUGACCUAGGUAUGGUGAGAUUAGCAUAUGAGCUAGCAUGCUAGAAGAAAACCUGAUUAAAACAUCACAUUUAAGAUUGAAUUGUGCAGGGGUCUCCUAUAUGCACAACUUUUAGACCACUAAAUAGCACUGGGCUGCUGGCUAACAUUACUUGCCACUGCUAUGGUGGCUUUGUAGAGUCAUAAAACAUAGCCAGUAAACAAGACGCAUUUUUAUGUAAAUUCUUGAAGAUAAUAGUGAAUCUUAGUGAACUUAAUACACCAGGAUAAACACAAAAAAUAAAGGUUUAGGAAGCGUUGGUAGAGUCUCGAUUUGUCAAUAAGCUAUGAAAUCCUAGUUUGACCAAUCCUCGUCUAAUCUGUUCAGUAUUGUAUCAAAAGAGUGAUGUUUCAGUUUCAAAUGUCAUUUCAGAAUUGAGUAUCGUGAUACUAAACUUGGUAUUGGUAUUGGGGACAAAACUAUGAGGCGCUCAAGUUUGGGAGCAGAAGAAGUCACUGCACACCCGUAUCCCGUACAUCUGGAAAACUGUUGAUGAAAGGCAUGAUAAGUACAACUUCACCAGGAGUGAAUAUACAGACCCGAAUAACAAACAGAUCCUUUUUCAUCACAAGUGUGCAUAUUUGUGCAGAAAAUAUGAGCUGACUGGAAAAUGAAAAUGGCCCUGAGAAAGAGAAGUUGAGUGAUUACUCUGCAAUUGAGGGUCAUCACUGUCGUCGCACAUACAGAGGUCCUUUGUCAAUAAGGCCUCGUCCUUUAAUUCAGUGUAAAGACAUUGUGGCUCGAAGGCAUUCCGGAGAUUUCAGGAUGUGGUGUCGUAGGCACAGUAGAUAGCAGCCUGUAGUCCCAGACACGCUCAUGGAUAGAACUCAUUAAUGCCUGCAUUUGUCAGGAGCGCAGGCUGUGCAAUACAGAUGGACCAUCCGGUACCAUUUCCUGUCUGCAUCCUGUCUCUGCCCACACCUGCUUCAGAGAGAGCAGUGCUACUUUCACAUUCUGCCACUCUCAUCUGUCAGGAACUCUAUCAAAAGGAUCUUUGUCACAUUUAACUGAAGCAAUUGUUUUUGUGGUUGCAGGACUAAGAUCAUGCAAGACAAGAAAUGAUAAGAGAGUUGAGUUUUGCAGAAAAUCGUCACUGAUGAUUAAAUGGAAAUUAACAUGCAAGUUGAAACCGACCAAGGUUUGGCUUCCACUCCAGAUUGAAUUUCAGAGGUGGAGCAGUCUGCUGCCUGCACUGUGUUUAUGAAGCAAGUCACAUAAGGUGAAAAACAUGUAAUUACACCAUUUACCUCAUGCUGCAGCCAGCAGUCUGUAAGCUCUGUUUACAAUUUGAUGCAUUCAGAUCAUGCGAAUGGCUGUGGUUUAUGAGCUUCUUGGAGUACAGUUGUUGUUUUUUUCUUUUGGCUAGAUGUUCAAGUACAGUUUGAGGCCAAACAUGAAGCACAGCAGUGUUUUAGUCUUCCUGAUAGCAAAAAAAAGGUGGCAGAAAGAAACUUCUCUGUUGUGCAGUUCCAGUUUGCAUUGCAGAGUUGUAUGUAGGAGAGGUUGGGAGGUCCACUCUUGGCACAGACACACUGUUCCAGAGAAGGGUGGGGUCAAGUAUGUUGUGUUCAUUGUUUCUGGAUUCUGUCAGGCUGUGGAGCAAAUUCUGAUCGCUGCAUCAGCUCUGCGUGUUCACCGGGGAAUGACAGCAUGUCGGAGAUGCUUACUUUUGCAUGCAGGAGCCUCACUAACAUUCAGAUCUGGGUUCAUGUGCAGAAAUAGAUUUCAUAUUCUAAUUGUUUUAUCGGUCCGGGCCUGAAAUUAGCAGUCUGCAGAUGCAUCCUUUUAUUUUUAUAGAGGGGGGGAAUCAAAAUCUGGAUUUGGCCUACUGAGCUUUAGUUGUGCCAGCAUGACCAAUUUAGGGGAAAGUGUGCUCUUGCAAAACCUUUCUCCUCCUUUUCCUCUCUCUAAAAAAAUCCCCUUUAGUUCAGGCAUUGUGAGCAAGUGUGCUCACCAACCAGCUGUGUGCUAUUCAGCUGUGGGCCUCACAGGCCACGUGUCACAACUAUACAAUAGCGUGCCCCUUCCUGGUACAAUGGUGUGGAUGGUUGGUGUCAAAGGUCAGGCCCCCCUGACUCUGGCAGCCCUUGGUAUCACUGCUUCAGUCACUAUACAGAAAAGACUCUCGAUUUUGUGCUGUUUAUUAUGCACUCAGUGUUUCUGCCUAGGGGCUUUAGCAUUCCACUGGCCUUUAUUGGAGGCCCAAUGAGCCAUCAGAUGAGCCAUUGAGACCAGCCAGACACCAUCUGCAGUGAUAAUUCACCAGUGGCAGCCAGGCAGGGACAGCUUGAGGACCAUAGUGCGGCUACGGUUAACUGCAGGGCAUGCAGGCCAGUGUUGCUCUCCGUGCAGCGUGCACAUAGGUUUAAAGAAAAGACAAAGAAUCCAAAAAGGGAGUUCGUGCAGUCGUCGCUGCAGCACAAGCCGUGCUUCAAGUCUGUCAUGGCAACCAAACAAACAACCAGCAGUGAUGGCGUCAUUGGUUCCGCUGUCAUUCCUUAGCGAUUAAGUAAUGCAUUCUGUGCGGAGAAGUGUCUUUUUUAAAACUUGGUCUCCUUCCCUCACCCUUGCAUGUACUAUUUCUGUCCUCAGACACCUAACACCCCUGCCGGUUUUGGAAUGUUUACAAAUGUGCAAAGAAUUUGAUCGUCCAUGUGACUGACGCGGUGGGGGGAUCCUGCGCUCCUCGUGCACUAAGACAAAUACCUGUCUCAGUUUUUGCAUUGCAAACGCACAGAGAUUUGUGUUCUGUUGCUGCACUAAAAGCCUUAUUGUAACUUGCAAGUUUGUACUCUGUGUCUUCUCGUGCUUGCAUACUGAAAAGAUCACUGUCGUGCUCUGCUCCUGCAGAACAAGUCCCCUCACAAUUUCCCAGAGUGUUCUCAUAAAAGGCUCCAGUGUUCUUCCAUGCAAGAGUUAUUCUGUAAUUUCAUGUCUGUUGUGGUUAGGAUGACUCUUUUACUGACGUUAUUCUUGCAAAGUCUUGAAUGCAUCCUGAAUCUUUUGCAUUGAAAGUUGCAGGAUUUGCAGCAGGUGUCUGUUUGCUGCACAUGGAGUCCACAGCUGCUCCCAGGGGACUCUGUGUGCCUGUGUGCGUGCGUGUGUGUAUGGAAACAGACUCUGCAGAGGGGCAGAUGGGUAAUACAAGUCUGGACUCUCACUCUGUGCAGUUCCUUGCAAAGCUUAAGCAAGUGAUUUCCUGAUUAUCCCCCCCCUUCCCUGGACACUCACACGCGUUCUCUCUGCAAGUGUGCGCGCCCCUUUCAACUUUUGUCUGCGCAGGAGCUAACGGGCGCGUGUUGGGGAAUGUCUUUCAUUGAGAUGAUGGAUUGGGGGGACACAUGGCGACCAGCACACACACCGCCCGUUUCAUGCCCCCCCUUCUUCUUCCUCUUUUUGUUUUUCUUGGCGGGUCAGACCUUCCAACCUCUCACUCUUAAUCCUAUUAAAAACCCCUCAGAAAGGCAUUAGGGAAUAAAGCUCUGACAUUGUAAUCUGGGAAGGCGUGCUGCUCGCACUCUUCACUUUUUUAUUUUCCCUUUUUCCCCAGAUGACGCUGUUUCAAGUGAUUAUAAUGUUUGUUUUCUGCACAAACAGAUACAUCCUGCUCUCCUUUGAUUAUCUUAAUUCACAGUGAGUUCUGUGAUUUUAGUAAAUGUUAACUCAGAGUUCACAAAGAUUGCAUGAAAAGUAACAUACUGUUGUGCAUUUUCGCUCUGGUUGCGUAUCGUCCUAAACGCACUUUGGGUUGUGAAUCACGCUUUUUAAUCAAAUCCUGACUUUUACAGAUUUUGGUCGAUGACUUAGCAGACAAAGUCAAUGAGGGUUACUAUUUCCCCCUCUCUGGUUAAGCCAUUAUGUUUACCUAGACUGAAAGAGGGUGCCAGCAGAGAGCCCACAGCUUAUUAUCCUGUGUCUGGAGGGCUGUGGUCAUGCACAGAGCUUUGCUGCCGUACAUUCGGGAGGGAGGCAGCCAGUCAGGCUCCAAAGGACAGACAACUCGUCAGUCUGCUGUUGGUAGAAGCAGACAUGUAGUCUAGUUGCAGUUUAGCGACUCGUUUGCCGUGGCAUUAGAGGAGAUUUGCUGCACACUCUGUUAUGGGUACAAACAACCCAGCACUGUUUGACCUUCUGCACACAUUUCUUUGGUGUCCUUGUGGUAUAACUGACAUAGUUUCAUGAUGCCAAAGCAGUGCCUUGCUUACUGUUAACAUCGCUUUCUGGUAACUGUACUGAUUGUAAAGAUGCUAAUCCGGCCCAGUGGUCCUCAAAAGUAUCAUUACCAGAAUUUUAUAAAGGGAUGUGAAACAGCAGUGUUCAACAACAACAUUAGUAACACUUCAAACACACAUAAUACUUCAUGAGGCGUGAUGUCUUCAUGCAGUUGUGGUCUAAUUGCUCGCAGAAAGAGAGCACGAAGCCGGAGCACCGUGGGCAGAGUUUGAACCGAACUGCUCGUUCCUGAUACUGACAGUAUUUACAGGCUCUGUCGACGCUUUGUUCUCUACUCUGUUUUCUGAAGGUUCAGCUGUUUUGUUUCUUUAUUUCCACCGACAGUCAGUUUCCGUGUUUUUUUUUUUUGUCUUGUCAGUCAAAACUGAAACUUCUUGCACAAAGAUAAAAAUGUGGCAGAUAAACAUAAACUUGAUCAUGAAAGUGUUUGUUGCAGAAAUUAACAGUUGCAUUGAAUUCACUGCUCUGAACUCAUAUUUAGGGAUGAGUAUAACUGUGAUUUUAUUAAUAUCAGCAUUGACUCUGAUGCUGAUUACUGAUAGUCUUAUCAGUGCUUCUCUCUGCAUUAAGUUAACUUAAAGAUUAAACACCAAUUGCAUGAAAGACAGAUUUAAGAUAUAAUGAUAUGACUAAAGACUUUUUUUAAUUAAUACACUUAAAAUUAGGGCAGAUACGAAUUCUCGAUUACGUUGAUUACAAAUAAUGAUUGAGGAAUUUUCGAUUACUCGUUUAUAAGCUCAAAAUGUUGAUUUUUCAAGGUGACACAAAGCACUUACUUCACCAUGGUAGGAGGAGGAAUAAGCGUGGUUUUGGUUUUGUGGAGCGGAAAAAUGAAUAAUGACAGGGGCUUUCCUUCUGCAGAGCUCCAGUAGCUCAUUAGCACUUCGCCUCUGAGUCGUGGGCGGAGACAGCACUCCUCUUCACGCUCUUCUCGUCACGCUCCUCUUCACGCUAGCUUACAGCCUAACAUUGCCGAUGUAGUAGAAGUAGCAGGUAACAUAGGAGCUAUUGAACUCUCAGAUUCUAAUGACUUUAGGGACAUGAUGAAAGCUAAUAUCAUAAUUAGCUUUCUUAUGAGCAUUACAAUCCGCUAACGCACACACUUGUUCCGCAAUCGUCCUCUGUGUUUCUCCUCUAUAUGCAGAGCGUGGCCUGCAUAGUGGGACUGUGGGGGCGGAGCCUGGAAUUGUGAUGUAGGAAAUCUCACUCUAUGUGAGUCUGCUGUUUGGGUCCGAUUUCUCGAGUAAUCGAUAGAAUAUUUGGUGGAAUAUUCGAUUACUAAAAAGAGUCGAUAGCUGCAGCCCCAACUGAAAUAAAUGCAUUUUCAGUAAUAUCCUUAAACAAUGUUAAUAACUUAGUGAAUUUGAUUAUAUCGAACAAACUGCUAAUGUUUUGAUUCUUUAAUCAUCAGUCAGUGUGAGCAAUAAUGCGCCCUGUGAUUUGUCUUGCAGCAUGUCGUCCCAAAAAGAAGGAGGUUGCAUGCAUGCACUUGCAGACCCAAAAUGAGAGAAGGGCUGCUGUCUUAAAAAAGAAAGAUUCUCUGCAACUACCACAGUCUUAUUAGUUAUAUUUAAAUCAGUUAAUAGUGAGGAUGCUCGUUACACUACCUUAUAUUUAGGUAUGCUAUAAAUGUAGAGAUGCUAUUCUGCAAACAUUGACGUCUCCUCUCAGCUCAGCACACUCACUUAAGGAGCUGGACUGACAUGUUUCACGAGGGCGUUUUUCUCACGCUCGUCUUGAUUUUAAAGAAGAGAGGAUAGAGCUUCUCUUCUUCUGUACCGGUUAAACUCUGCUGUAACUUGUUGACAAAAUAGCUUCUGCAAUUCUCCAAAGCCCCCCCUAGAGAGAUGCCUGAUUAUUCCCAUACUGAGGCUUUUUUUUUUCUCUGUUUUUAAACGUUGACAGGCAGGCCAAGCCAGUGGAAGAUGCAUCCCAACAGAACUCUGUGGCGGAUGAAUCCUGGGACUCUCCCAGUGAGGAAGACGAGGCUCUGUAUGGCACAUCUCCCCCGUGUACCCCCCGUCAGAUGAAACGCAUGUCUGGCAAACAUCAGAGGAACAGCCAGGCGAGGAGUACUGGAAGGUCUCCUAACAAGGGUAAAUGAAUUUGAGAUAAACUUCUGUGUAAAGAAUAAAUUUGACUAUUUUACUGACGAGGCGGGUUUGUUUUCUGGGUUCAUUUCAGCGGACGUGAACCCAUCUGUGAUAAGAGAGAGUCCCAGACCAGCAGAGACCCCUGAGGAGCACAGCUACAAGCAGGGCAAGAAACAGAGGGCCACGCUGCGCUCCACAGAAAGAGACCACAAGAAGACCUUCGAAGGCUCCUUCAUGCUGGACCCGCUCUCAAAGUCUGGUCCUUUCAGCGCCCUCAGCAUGGAUCCAAGGAAGCACUACCUGAGCUUAGGCUGCAGCAGUGGCAAACAGCCCGUGUCUAUGCCCUUUCUAGUCCGGACUCACCGCCAGACGUCCAGGACAGAUUGCCCUGCUGACCGCCUCAAGUUCUUUGAAACUCUCCGGCUGCUGCUAAAGCUCACGUCUAUGUCCUCCAAGAGGAAGGAGAAGGAGCAGCGAGGCCUGGAGAACAUGGCCUUUAUGGGCCACAAUAAUGAGGUCAUUUGGCUGGAGCUGCAGGCGUGGCACGCACGACGCUCCACCGGAGACCAGGACCUUUUUCUUUUCACUGCCCGCCAGGCCAUCCCUGACAUCAUCAACGAGGUGCUGCACUUUAAGGUCAACUAUGCCAGCCUGAGAGGGGCCCAGUGUGUAGGGUCGCAAAUAUUUGAGGGGGACUAUCAGAGCGCUUCAGAUCUUGUCAGCGGAGAGGAGAGGGGGCCUGCUGUAGCGGAAACCAACCACUGUGGAGUAGAUCCGUGGGGAUUUAGCGCCUUCUCUUCAUCAGGGAUGAAUGUAGCUGAGCCCCUGGGCUCCAGCGCUGACUGCAGGGAGCACCUCCAGCGCCAGCGGCUGGCGUUUGAGCAGGUGAAGCGUGUUAUGGAGUUACUGGAGUCUGUGGAAGCCUUGUACCCCUCUUUGCAGGCCCUGCAGAAGGACUACGAAAAGUACGCAGCACGAGACUUUCAAGGCAGGCUGCAGGCGCUCUGUCUGUGGCUCAAUAUCACCCAGGACCUCAAUCAGAAGCUGCGCGUCAUGGCCACUGUGCUCGGCCUCCAUGAUCUUUCCCGCAUAGGGUGGCCCAUCUUUGAAAUCCCGUCACCUCGCUGUUCCCGUGGAAAUGAAGAAGAGGAGAACGAGGAGGAUGAGGAGAAUGACUCAACAGCCACUUUUACGGCUGAAAGCGACACAGAGGACAGGGACGUCGAGGUGGAAGAGGAGGAGGGGGGAGCGUUAGGACACAUAACAGACGGAGAGUUGUCUCCAUCCCUGACUCCUAAAUUUGCUCGGUUGCUGUCAGAAGACGAGUUUCUCCCCGCCGCCUCUGCAGGAAGUGUAGAAAUGGCAGCUGGGGGAGGAGUUUUCUGCCCCACAGCCAUCUACAGACCGUUUGUGGAUAAAGCUCUGAAACAGAUGGGACUGCGUAAACUGAUCCUCAGACUGCACAAACUGAUGGACCGCUCCCUUCAGAGGUCCAGAGCAGCACUGCUGCGCAACACACCUGCACUGGAGGUGAGCCUGGUGUUUCUUUAGCUGCACACAGAGUGGUUCACUGAGUGCACCGUCAAUACGGAGUAUUAUUAUUACUGAUAAAUCUGGUGUAAUAACAGCAUUUUUGCCCCAUAUAAAUACAUCGGGGUCGUCCAAUUCAGGAGUUUUGUUGAAACAUAAACACAAAAUGGAUAAAUCAAUGGAUUCUUACCACGGAUGCAGGACAUAGGCUUUUAAUAACAGCCUGUGUCUAAUUGCCAACGCCAAAAAGGUACGACGGAGUAUUAGGGCCACAUUAAGAAAAAUUUAAGACUUUGGCGUUUCAGCAUCACAUUAUCUUAAGAAUCAGGACAUGUGCAAGAAAUGCAUCUUUUCCGCAGAAAGAACGAGGCGGGCUUGUAGGGAAUCGCUGUUUUUGAGAAGAAAUGGCUGGAAAUGGCUGUGCAGAGGCGAAAUCCCUCAAUGCAGCCGUUUAUAGCAAUACCGAUAACUGGGAUUCAGUAAGCAAAGUUGCCUCAAACUCUUGACUCUCCAAUUCUCAUUUUGAUCACUUUGGUUAAUAUACCAAAAGCAAAGAUAGGUUGUGACUAGUGCUGAACAAAAUAAAGGUCUGAAUACUGUUUUAUUACUUUAGUAUGAGUCAAAGUUGCUCAGUGAGAUUACUACUUGACCUAAGGUAAAUGACGUGAGCUCAGUCUGUUGAGCCGACAGUCUUUUCUGUCACAAAGGUAACUCUCUUCUUACCCGACGAUCACCAUGGUGACGUACUCUGAACUCAUAACCUGUUCUGUCAGAGCUUAAAAUGCCCUCUUAUUAAUUAAUGCCUGACAAUAUCCUCUGUGGUCUAUAAAGAUCAUCAGCUGAUCGCGUUGAAGGGAUGACGUUUUUGAUUAAACAGAACCACAAUCACUUUCUGUGCCUUCAGACAAAUCAAAUGUCAUUUAAUUCUUGUAGUCAUGACUAUUUAACACCCCCGACCCCACCUCUGUCUCCUUACUCAAGUUUAAUUUCACGUUUUGAUGAAAAGGAGGUAUCUACGGUGAAAGCAGUUUCUCCUGAAAACUUUCUUUUCAGGGCCGACUUUUCCAGUUUCACUUUGAAAUAUUUUACAUUUUUUUGUACGUCCCUCUGACUGAAACAGACAGCUGUAGAUAAUUUCUUAUUGUGUGGGAGAAGCAUCAGAUGGUGUUCCUGUUCCCACGUGAGCCAGCGCAGAAAGCCUGACUUUACAAGGAGAGUUCUUAACCAGAUUUGUGAUAUCGACUUUUUUCAGCCCGAGUUUGUUGAGCUUGCUUUCUGCUAGACUAUGUUAAUUUAAAAUAUUAUGUACAGGAACAUUGACGGAAAUUGUGCUUCCCUAGUUUUCACACUUGUCUCCAGCUGUCUGACUAAUAAAGGCAAAAAUUCUCUUAAUUAUAGGCAUUGUGAAGAAGUGCAGAGAAAGCUAGUAAAAGAAAAACAAGUUCUGUCAGAGUAAGAGUUUAUUUUCCAUUGAUUAUAAACUAACCCAGGUUUCAUAAUUUGUGAGCUCUGAUCAUUUUCGGAGCUCUUUUUGGGGGUUUAACUCAGCCUGCAAACGCACAAGGAACUGGAGCACCUCUUGAAUUAUUCAAUAUACGUCUGUAUGUCCAGAGGCUGUGCACAAGAGCCAAGAAGCUGAACAACAGUCUUUAUGAGAAAGUGUCCAGCUGGUGAUGAAAUCUACAAAUAUCCUGCUUUAACACCAUCCUCGUCCUCUACCUGCAGUUUGCAGAUUUCCCCGACCCCAUGCUCUACAGUGAUUACCUUCCAGAGCUGUCCCGCCACCUGUCCUGCAGCGGUCCGGCUCAUCCAGAGCUCGGGGCGGAUAUGGUUUCCUGGGAGGAUAUGCUGGACAUGGACCUCCCGUCCUUCCAGCCGGCGUUCCUCGUGCUGUGCAGAGUCCUCCUCAACGUCAUCCAUGAAUGCCUUAAACUGCGACUUGAACAGAGGCCGGCCGGAGAGCCUUCACUGCUCAGCAUCAAACAGGCAAGCAGAUACAAAACCGCUCUUUAAAUCCAGCAUCUGUUCCUGCUUUCUAACCCUCUUGUUUCUGUGUUGUUUGCCCUCUGUAGUUGGUGCGUGAGUGUAAGGAGGUUCUCAAAGGCGGUCUCCUGAUGAAGCAGUAUUAUCAGUUCAUGCUGCGUGGUGUGGUCACCGAUGCUCAGGGCUUACAGACGAAUGCCAAUAUUGACGAGUUUGAAGAGGACCUGCACAAGAUGCUGGUGGUAUGUAGAGUUGAAAAAAAGCACAAUUAACUUGUAAAUGUAUGCACUGUGAAUAAGAAGGUUUUAAAUACCGCCUGUGUUGUCAGGUUUACUUUGACUACAUGCACAGUUGGAUCCAGAUGUUGCAACAGCUGCCUCAGGCCUCUCACAGCUUAAAGAACCUGUUAGAGGAGGAGUGGAACUUCACCAAAGUCAUCACUCCUUACAUCCGCGGAGGAGAAGCGCAGUCUGGAAAGCUUUUCUGGUCAGUCACAAACCUGCAAACUGAACUUCACUUUAAAGUUAAAAGCUCAAACAAAGAGAAAGUGGGGUGGUUGUAGGGCUGGGCGAUAAACCGAAAAUUUACAGAUACCAAAAUUUAUGAUAAUAACCGUCGCAUUUUGCCCAUAUUGAUAUAUUCAGUGUCAAAAUAAAUAAAUAAAAGUUGGUUUUGGAUGUGUGUAGGUAGGCUAUUGUCUCAUGUCCCUUUAAGACGCUGUCCUACAUCAGAGGACAGACAGGUGAGGAGAUGGAGGACGGUUCAAAAGUCGUAGCUGCUGGAGCGGCGGCUGAAGUUAAUGUGGGAGGGGGUGAGCAGCUUGUGGAGUAGCUAUCGUCCAUUUAUCAUUAUUGAGUUGAACUGCUCAAUAUAUCGUGAUAUUGAUUUGAAGCCAUAUCGCCCAGCCCUAAGUGGUUGUUAGGAUGGCCCCUGUUUGGAAGAGCUGGCUGAUGUAACACAGUGGAAACAGUCAGGUGCAAACAGUCCUCCGCUUCAGUUUGUUUAGUAUGUUUCCGCUUGUCACACAACCCCUUUCAUAGAUGCAUUCGCACACAAAGCCGCUGUAGGAUCCCUCCUCACAUUUCCUGAUCAAUUUAAGACAGAGACAAAAAUAAAAACAAAGAAAAGAGCCAGGCCAUCUGCACAGUUUGACAGCCGUGUUGGUGCAGUUUAGACGUGGGAAGUAAAAUAACCAAGUGAAAAUUUAUUGUUGCUGUUCCUAAAUACAGUUUUCAAGUAUCUGGACUUUAAUAUUUGAAAAACUUAGGCACUUUCCACCUCUAAGAUUUUAACAUCACAAUUUCUUCUCUCUGCAGUGACAUUGCUGGGAUGCUGCUCAAAUCUACCGGAGAGUUCCUCGACGCUGGCCUCCAGAAAAGCGGUAAUGAAUUCUGGGAAAGUGCAGAUGACAGCACGGCCUCAGAUGAGAUUAGGUGAGACGAGGACUUUAUAUGUCUUCCAGACUCUAUUGAAAUAUCUUUGUUCCCAGAGGAGUCUUUCAUUUUGACUGGAAAUGUUCUGAUUCACCAGGCGGUCGGUCAUCGAGACGAGCCGGUCACUUAAGGAGCUGUUCCACGAGGCCAGAGAGCGAGCGUCCAAGGCUCUGGGCUUUGCCAAAAUGCUUCGCAAGGUGAGAGACGACAGCGGAGAAUUUUCACUUCCUUCAGACAGAAAGCCACAACAGUGACUUUGCAGUUUGGCGCCUGUGACUCUGUUUCCUCCUAACACCACACUUUGACUCUCAGCUCUGACCUAGAUUUUUUGUGUGCAUCCCUCUCUGCAGGACUUGGAGAUUGCUGCAGACUUUAGCAUUACUGAUGGCGUGACGUCUCUUCUGGAGGCUCUGAAGAAGAGUAACCAUGUCAUGGUGGGUUUGUUUUCUCUUGCUUUGGCCUGUUUUAUAUCUUUAUUUUCUUUUCUAAAUGUAUUAAUGUGCCUAUAAAACCUUCUGCUCUAAUAUUCAGGUUCAGAUUCCCGGUUUGGAGGAGCUGCAAAUGUUCGUCCCCUGUGGACUGAUGGAUCAGCGUCCUCAUAUUCUGCAGCUUUUAAACGCCGCUGCAGGAAAGGAUUGCUCCAAAGAGCCGGACGAGAUGGCCGAGGAUGAGGCCUAUCUGCUAAUGAGUAAACACGGGGCCGGGGACUCCACCACUGAGUCAGACUGGGCUCAGUGGGAUGGAGAGCUGCUCAAACUGGUUCCCCAGGUGGAAACUGUUGACACUUUAAGGGCCAUGAAGGUCGGUAAUACUUCUUAUUUUGGUUUGUGUGUGUGGGCGUUGGGUUGAGAAGCCUCUGACGGGUCCAAACGUGCUCUCAGGUGGAGAACAUGCUCUUGAUCGUGAUGCACUCGGCUCAUCUGGUGGCUCAGCGGAAGGUCUUUCAGCAGUCGAUGGAGGAUGUUCUCACUCUUAGCCGGGAGCAAACAUCGAGUCAGCCUCUCAUCGCGAGCGCUCUGGAAGAACUCAAGGUGCUUACAUAACCACACGCUUGGGUCUCUAACCAGUUUAAAAAAGUGUGUUUCUCUUGUUGUUGUUGUUGUUGUUGUACAAACAGGUGCAAGCCGGUGCUCUACUUUUAGCUUCUGUGCAGCUGCUGUCUGCCACACUGAUGACAUACAGACACUGUCACUCUCCGACCAGAUUUAACUUUCACAUCUGUUACAUUCAUACCCACAAUACCACACGUCCUCUCUCACAUCGAUUGCUAUCUUUCUUCCACUUCUGCUAGCUUUGAAAUGCACUUUAUCUGACCUCAGAUUAUAACUUUUUAUUCCCGUUUUCCCCCAAUUCUUCCCCACGUCCCACACUGCAGGACGAGGCACUACAGCUAUGCAUUAAAAUCGGCACUGCCAUCGACCGGGUGGAGUACAUGUUCACCACAGAGUUUGAAGCAGAGGUGGAGGAGUCAGAGUCAGCCACUCUGCAUCAGUACUACAGAGAAGCAAUGAUCCAGGGCUACAACUUUGCCUUUGAGGUACCUGGGGAAAAAAAAUAAAACUUUGCCUGCUUUGUAUAAGUAUUAUAAUAUGUGUAUUAUUAGAUUUAGAGGUAGAUAUUAUCGUUGCAUUAAAUCACAACAAGGUAAUUCCUGAUAAAUCUCUUUGUUGUUGUUGUUUAUAGUACCACAAAGAGGUGGUGCGCCUCAUGUCAGGGGAGUUCAGGCAGAGGAUCGGGGAACGCUACAUCGCUUUCGCCCGCAAGUGGAUGACCUACGUCCUGACCAAGUGUGAGAGCGGCAGAGGAACCAAGCCCAGGUUUGGACUCAUCUUUAAACUCUUUUCUUCUACUUUCUGAGGAAUAAACAGGGUUCCUACGCAAGUAUGGAAAAAUAUGGAAAUUGAUCAAUUUCCAGGUCUUAAAGAGAAUGGAAAAUGACAAAUAAAGAAUGGAAAAAUAUUUAUGUUUCCAGACUAUUACCACAGUUCUAAAAUACUGUUUCUUGAAAUAGAAAAAUAGGUAUUUCCAAAAAUAAUACUUAAAAGUAGGGUAUGGAAAAGUAUGGAAAUUCCAACUGUGUAGGAGACCUGGAAAAAGUAAACUUCACUUUCAAUUACAAUCAUGGCUCCGCACGGUCGUGUUGCACUUCCUUGAAGCUGAAUAAAUGAAGCGAUCACUCUGCCCCUCCCCUUAAAAAAGUCAUUUUGAGCUCAGAUGUGUAUGUGAUGCUGCAGGAGCAUCAACUAUCAUGCACCAGACGAGGACAGAUGAGGCUAAAGUGAUCUGAAUUGUGCACAAGCUUAAUCACAGCUCUUAUAUGUCAACCUUGUGGUGCACAACUUUCUGAUAUGAGAUGUCUUGAAGAAAGAAAAGUUGUUUAUCAUCUUGUAACAGUUAUCUGACUAUAAAAUGUGUUAAAAAUGUGUGCUGACAUGAUCCAGCUUGAUGUAGAAGUGUUAUUUUAACUCAUCUGUCUUUGUUAGUAGAAAGUUUGACACGCUUUUUACAUGAACGGUCCCGUUUCUCCCACAGGUGGGCGACUCAGGGUUUUGAUUUCCUUCAAGCCAUUGAACCUGCCUUCAUAUCAGCAUUACCAGAGGAAGACUUCCUGGUAAAAAAAAAUUUUUCUUUUUCUUUUUCAUUUGCGACAAAUUGCUGAGUCAUCAUGCUCUUGAGUGUUUCAUGAUCAUUGUGCUGAAUGUGCAUCCUUUUUCUGCAGAAUUUACAAGCUCUGAUGAAUGAAUGUAUCGGACAUGUGAUUGGAAAACCCCACAGCCCGGUUACAGGCCUCUACAUCGGUAAGAUUAUUCCGUCUGAUGUGAACUCCAACAUGUUAAGUUUGGGGUUUAUGUCAGUGCAUACACUCAGUCUCGAGUAUCAAAGAGGCUUUCAGGAACUCUGGAGCAUGUAUGUAAACGACCUCAAGGCUGCAACUCAUUUGAGUGACUCUGUGCUGCUCCUCAGUGGCCAACAGCAGUAAAGCCCGUUUGCCUCGCGUGAGUGUGGAGUUGUGCAGCUACGCCUGUGGAGCUGGGUGUAGCUGGAAAACAGCGUGUUAGCUCAGCAAACAUUUCCUGAUCAAAUAAAGACGGAGACAAAAACAAAAACAGAGAAAACAGUCAGGGUAUCGGCACAAUGGGACAGCCGUGUUCCUGCCAUUCAGGAGUGGAAAGUAAACAACAAAAGUGAAAAUAUUUUUGCUUUUGAGUUUUGUGAUAUGAGAUAUCUCCGCUUUAAAAUUUAUUUUACUGAUAAUUUUUACAGUAACCUCCUAUAUAUAAACACUUAACAUUCUUUACUCCUCCACUUUGCACUAGAAAUUAUUUAUAUAACACUUUCUAUGAACCCACCUCUUACAAUGCACCACAAGCACAUUAAUUCAUCCUCAUAAAUGCAUUUAAAACGCUUUAUUAGGGAUUGUAAAUAUUCAUAACAGCUUAUAGCAGUGUGUUUAUGAGGUGUUAUAAGCAGAGAGCAUAGUACCUUAUAAAGUUACGGUUUAUUAUAAUUCAAUAUAUAGAGUUUUAAUGAGUUUUUUUUUUUUUUUUUUACAAAAUAUAAUAAUUCUGCUUUGUUUAUUUUAGUUUUAACUGAUGUUAGAGUCAGAUGAGUCUAAAUAUGAGAAGUUUGACCAGCAGAGUAACUGUCUGGGGUAUUUUCAUCCGGACAACUCAGAAUAAUGUUUAAAAGUUUGAGUUCAACAUGAAUAUGAAGUAAAGACAGUAGAAAAUCAAACAAAUGUGGUCAUCCUCUUCCUCAAAACUCCAUGUGAUGAUGAGACUCCUCUGUUGUUCGUUUUGUAGAUCGUAUCAAAUCUGUUUCCAGAGUUUUGGAUUAUCUCUUGGUUUUUCCAAACGAACAGACUGUGUGUGGAGUAAACAACUUGUGAAUAUAGCUGAAGCGGUACCUCUACUUCUUAAUUUCUCUGCUGCUAAAGUCAUGAGUGUGUGAAAUUGUGCUGCAGCUAAAUCUUGUGGAAAUUUGAUUAUUUACAAAAAAAAUGAGUGUUUCACAGACUUAUAUGAUGCACUCGGCACACUUCUUAUUUCACAGGAGAUUUCCUCCAAAUUAAAAAAAAGGGAGAUUUACUCCGGAGUAAAUCUUCGGUUUCUCAACUGAAUCCAGUACGUGUUGUUUUCCCCUUUCAGCUCCUAGGAACAGUCCUCGUCCUGUGAAGGUCCCUCGCUGCCACAGUGACCCACCAAACCCAAACCUGUUCAUCCCCAACGCCGAGGGUUUCAGGUAGGUCCUGUAGAUAAGAGAGUGCUUUAAGGUUUAGACUUUUUCCUGCAUGGCUUAAUUCGCCUCUUAAUCUUUGCUUUUGAUGCUUUCUGAUGUUUUUGCUCAGUAGUUGUUGAGCUUGUGUGUGUGUGUUUUGUAAGAGUCAGUGGUCAUGAUUGUUUUUUGUGCCCAAUCUGAGUGAGUGAGUGAGUUUAUGUGCGUUUGUCCCUCAACCAGCCACUAAACCACUCCCUUAAAAGUCUAUUCGCAUCCAGUAAGCCCUGUCCCCUCCCAUGGCAGAGCUCCUCAGUUUGUUUUUUUUAACCACACAGCUCCCGAAGUCUCCCCUGCGACCUCCGGAACCAGCUUUUCCCCAACGGCCCUCGCCCCGUCCCUCAGGGCCCGGGGGAACAACACAGCCACACCAAAGCAGCCAGCAGCAGCCCCAAUGACGUCAGGUAGCUUUGCCCCCCAGAGUCACCUGGUAGAAACUGCUCUCAAAACACAAAAGCAGGAGCCGGCACAAAGGCUCCUGCAGAAUAAAGAAGGAAAUGCUUCAUUUUAUCUCAGGGUUUGAAUUCUGUUUAGAUUUUUUUAGCUUUUGUGUUAAAAAGAAACUCUUUCAAAACCUCUAGAAAUAAGCUUCAGCUGAGCACCUGAAACGACGGUACAUCCCAAAUCAAUGACGUGCAAAUAUAAAACUUUAACAGGCAAUGAUGGUACACCCUAAAAUUACAAUUUCUCAACUAAAAACGUGCAAGAAAACUCCAGCAUUAAAAUCUGACACCCGUAUAAAGCCAAUCUCCUUUUCUGUCUAAGUUCAGCAUCUCUAUGCUGUUCGUUGGUUUACUUAGAAACUAAACUCCUUAUAUCAAAGAUAAGUUUUUUACGACAGAGUUUUAGGGCCACAUCAAGAAAAAAAAGACUUAGAGAUUAAAGUCAUUACUAACGAGAAUAAAGUCUUAAUAAAACAUUAUGAUACAUUUGAUAAUGUGGUCCUUAUGUGCCAAAAGAUUAAGUAUCUCCUUGUUUGAGAAACCUAUAUUGAAGUACAUUUUCACAAAAUGCUCCAUGGCUCAUUUCAACAACAGGUUCAUCUUGAACAACAGGUUAGAAUGUAAGGACUUUAUUCUGACUUUAUUCUUAUAAGUAAUGACUUUACGACAACUUUAUCCUCGUUAGUAAUGACUUUAUUCUUAUAAGUUUUAACGACUUUAAUCUUAGUCUUCAAUUUUUCUUUUCGUAAUGUGGCCCUGAUACUCUGUCGUAGCUUUUGUUUGAUGUACAUGUCUUACAAUUUAGUCAAAAGGCCCAAAGUUUGCCUAUUAAAGGGAUAGUUUAUGUUUUUUUAGUGGGGUUGUAUUGACCUCUUGCAGUCAUGCGUCCAUUCUGAUAUCCUCACAACAGUAGAUGACAGAGGCAGAGGUGUUGACUCUAGCUUAUUGUGCAUCUUUGUGGACAAUUACGUCUGAGGUGUAUUUGCAAUUUCAUAAAAGCAACAUAAUAGAGUCAGCCUACUGGACAUGAAUAGCAGUGACUCUGUCGAAUAACAUAUAUAAGGAGUUACUCAUUCCUAAACUAACUGAUUUCUGUAAUCCAGCUGUCAUUGUGUUAAUCUAACGGUUUAAGUUGUCAUCUGCUUCAGUCUUGAGAUUCAUCAUGUUAGAAAAGACUUUUUGUCGGUAUCUGUGACGCACUGUUUACUCAUUCAAUCACAUUUGUGUCAUUAGAGAUGAGAUAAAAUCACUCUUGAUAUGUUUGUGAGGUGAUAACGAAUCUUAUGACUGACACAGAUGAGAGCUCAUAAUGGAAACCAGUUAGCGUAGGAACCAAUACGUCCAUUAUAGCAGCUGCCAGUCCUCCCACUGUGUGGCUGUGAUCCACCGCUUCCUGCUGUCCACAGAUUUUAGAACACAAUAGACCGCUAUAGCAGCCCUCCCUUCCCUGUUAGUACACCCCACUUCACAGCAAGAGGUAGUCAUGGUUGAAUAUGUAGAUCACAGUUUAACUCUGGGAGUUUGUGGACCAGCAUCCAGUAAGUAACAAGUCCAGGUAGAGGUGGGCAGACAUGCAGAAAGUCAAUAUAAGGCACUUGUCAAUAGCAAAUGUGUUUCCCAGAGAGGAUUCAAGUCAAGAUGAGGAAACCACCUGCUGCAGACCGGGUCAAUUUGACCUUUUUUUAAGCUCAUUUCAAGAAACUCCAACCAAACGUUCACAUUGGCAGAAGUACACGCUAUAUUAAAAGUUUGUAAUUUCUCCACUUUGCUGCACUGAUUGAUAAUCACUGUCAAAUCAGCCAGUUUUUCCAGUUUACCUUUGGUCUUUUUUCUAAGUCUGCAGACUGAAGCAGCUGAUCUUAGAGCUUCAGGCGGAGGGAGACAUAUCUGUAAACAGCAAAAUUAAGUGGUAAAACUGGACCUAUUUGCGGCACUCUGUGUCCUCGCUCUGUGCCUGACUGAGGCUCUCUGUGGGUAACACACUCUCUGUUGAGAAGCACCUCACACAACCCCAGUCAAUAAAAACAAGAAUAAUCUCGUCAGUUCUUGAGGCAUUUCCCUCCAAAAUGAACUUUUGAAGAUGAAUAAUGAAUGCAUUGAUGCCACAUUUACAGCAUGGCUGUUCAUACAUGGUAGUUUUAAUCAUACAAGACUCGCUCCAGCUUUAAUAAAGUUUUAGGAAAUGCAUCUUAAUAAUAAUAAAAAUAAUAACAUGCAUGGUAGUGGACUCGCAGAAACCCUCAAAUGUCACUGAACCAGCAAAAUGGACUCAAACAGGUCUGAUACCAGUCACAGGAAGAGACUGAUUGUUGUGCAUGGUGUGAAAAUGACCAACAAAAAAACCACACACUACCUCAUUGAAGAGUGGGCUAUGAUGUUCGGCUUAUUAGUGCUUUAACUUCAGUCUGGCUUUGAUGCUGGUGGUUCACAGCUGUUAGAGUUUGGGCUUUUCUUGUGUGCGCUUUUAGAGUCAGAACAUGCACUCCAGAUCUAACCUUCAAGUGUGUCUGAGCUGUUUAAUGACUCUGAUGAUGCAUGCUGAACUUUUAAUGGGUUUCAAAAGGCAAGCUGGGAAUUGGUUCAAUCUCUGCUUCUCUUUAGAGGUCAGACGAGUUUUUGUCAGGUUCUGAAUUUCUGUCAUAGAAUAGAGAAAGUCAGUGUCUGUGUGAUUUUUAUUCUUACCUGUCUGAAAAAGCACUUGAGUAAAAGAUUUCUAUCACUUCUGCGAGUGAAAAAGACCUUUUUUUCAUUCAGCAGUGCUCCGUAAUGUUAAAUCUUCUACAUUAAAUCAAAGGUGAAGGAAACACGUUCCAGCAUAGCGUACAUAAUCAUCCUGGAAGCGUAGAAACUAAGUGCAGUUUUGGCAGAAGUUAGUCCUCUCUGUUUUAACUUUAUUAUUAACAGAUAAAACCUCCUGACGGUGAGAACCAGUCGUUUUUAAACGAGGCAGAGUGUUGCAUCACGUUCCUCCGUGUCCUUACAGGGGAUCCAGUUUCCACGAGAACGACCGUCUGUCCACAGUCGCAGCAGAGCUGAAUUUCAAAUCUCUGAGCCGACACUCCAGCCCCACAGAGGACAGGGAAGGUGGGUGAUCUGCAUGCUCUGAAACCAACCUGUUCACGUUAAAUCUGCUUGCUGUACUGAGUAUCAUUCUUAUGAUUCCUUUGAUUAGAGCCCUCCUAUCCGAAGGGAGACCCUAACAGCGCUGCACGGAGAAGCUGGGAGCUUCGCACUUUCAUCAGCCAGUCCAAGGGUGAGAUUUAGGAGUGAGACCUGAAUGAUAUCGAAAGAAACUAACAUAGAGAGUGUGGAAAAAAACAGGCAUUUAUAUUCAACAAGUAUUUUGUGUGCCUAUGAAACAGUUAAAACUUCCAGUAAUACAAUUAUAUUUUUUUAUUAUUUGUAUUUUUGAGUUUAUUUUCUGCCUUUUAAAUGAAUCUCCAGAAACAAAAAAGGAAGAGAUACUAAGGAGGUUGAUUUACCUUCGAUUAGCUGUCUGCACGUGUGUCUCGAACAUUAAAGGGCAUCAGGACAGGCAGGAAUACACCGUCUUAAAUUAAGUCUCGUUUAAUUGACCUUCCCUGAGGCAUCUAAUCUUCCACCAGCAUGAUGCAUGUUUACAUUUACAGCCAUGUGACACACAGACACAGACUCUUCAUGCACAGCUGUUAGGCCUCUGUGUGUUCAAAUGAGGGUCUGCAUUAAAGUGAUAUCAUAUAGAUGCUUAUUAUAGAUUAAUCCUGGAAAACUAGGGGGUGGUGACAGAAAUGUCUCAGGUCAUAUGGCUGACAUUUACACACCCUGACCAUUGCACAUGGACACGUCAUAUUUGGUUGGUCGAAUAAUAUGUGUUAAACUUUCAGUCCUAAUACAGACUAUUGGUCUGAGUUCUCCCAGAGUCUAAAAUUAAGCUCCUUUUCUUACUUUCUCUACAGGCCUCUCAAUUUUUUGUCCACCACUCCUUUAGAUCAGGUACAACCCCACAGAGAUGAUGUUAAAAAGUGGACAUAUCAGAUAAGAGGGAUGAGAUAAACAUGACAUAAACAAAAAAAAAGUCAUCAAAAGGCAGGCUGAAAAGAUUUUUUUAAAAAACUGAAUUUAUUUUCCUCCCAAAAACACGUCUAGAAAAGGUUUCCUCUUUAUUUUGGUCUGUUUUUUCUUUAUGAGAGAGUCAGUGGGGUCGAGGGAAAAUAGAGGGACAUGCAGCUAAAGGGUAAGGCCAAGAGGAGAACCUGAGAAUAUUGUUUUGUAAUCAUCUUCUUCUGUUUCAUCUCAGACACAGCGGCUCGACAAAGCCCCAUGGAGGCCGUCCGCCGCUCCAUCCGUAAGUUCGAGGACAAACGCUACGCCGUGAUGAAGCAGCGCAACAUUAUUGGCCAAGUGUGUCACACACCAAAGUCCUACGACAACGUCAUGCACGUCGGGCUCAGGAAGGUGACCUUUAAGUGGCAGAGGGGCAACAAGAUCGGUAAGGCGUCCUCCUGUCGUGAUGUGGGUGAUUCAGAGCACAUGCAGGUGGUGAUGUCAUGUUUUCAUGUCAAUAACAGGUGAGGGCCAGUACGGGAAGGUGUACACCUGCAUCAAUGUUGACACUGGAGAGCUAAUGGCCAUGAAGGAGGUAACCAGUCCAGCAAGAUCACUUUAAUAGCACCUAAAUUAGUCACUGAACACAGAGGGAGUGGUAACUCUUUGAAUUUGUUGUUUUGAACCAGAUCCGAUUCCAGCCCAACGAUCACAAAACAAUCAAAGAGACCGCAGACGAGCUGAAGAUAUUUGAAGGCAUUAAGCACCCAAACCUGGUGCGAUACUUUGGGGUGGAGCUCCAUCGGGUAAGAGACACACUGUCAUCCAUAUUCAACCAUGUUUUUAUGACUCAAGUGAUGACUUAAAUAUAUAAGAUGGACCAGAACAAGUAUUUUUUCAUACCAAAGGGAGGGAUAAGACUUGGAUUUGGCAUUAUCUGUGAAUAUAGAUGCAAAAAGCUUUUAGAUGAUUUUAAACUAGGGUGACCUUACGUCCUCUUUUACCCAGACAUGUCCUCUUUUUUGGGGGCUGUUCGGCUAUGUCUGGCCUCUUCUAGGGUAGUUCAUUAAAUCCUUUUAAAUGUCCGGGGUUUUGUAUGCAAGUUUUGAGUUUGUGUGGCGUGGACUUACUAAGUAAGAAGCGCGUAAAAAACACUCGACCCGACCCGAAAAACUCAAAAUUUACCAUGCUUGAUUCUGUGACUCCGCCCCCACAUAGUCGUGUCCUCUUUUUGGGGAUACAGAAUAUGGUCAACCAAUCUAAACAAGUGUCUCGAUACCAUCCUAGACCUGUGACGGAACGAAACAUGAGCUGGGCUAAAACUUUUAGUUUCAGGGGUGCCAGUUAGCCGAGCAGUUAACGCACUUUUCCCAUAUAGUCCCUGUCACAGCCCCACAUUAUCUGUCCCUUUUUAGCUUUCCUGUUUAGUAAAGGCCAAAAGUUUAGGUUUGUUUCAGACACAGUGGAGCAGAGCAAAGGAAAGUAAGUACUACAGAGACCACUGUCUGAUGCUUGUCCAUUAUCCUUUGCACUCUGCUCUUUGCUUCAGAUGUAUCAGAGCUAAAAUAGAGGAGCAGAUGAUCUUGAAACUGUGGAUGCUACAGCAGCUUUUCAAUCAGACAUGUUUGGGCAUUUCGGUUUCUUUGUGUAAAGAAAUGAGGAAGGACAAAAGGAAUCAGACAAACCAGAAACAGUUUGUAGACACUGCCAGACCGAUGCGACCGACAUGUUGAGGAAUACGAGUAAUUCGAGAAGACACUCUGAGAAUCCUCAUCCCCACCCCAAAACAAAUCCAGCCAGGCCGAAAGACUCCAAAGGAAGUGUUUACAGUCUCACUUCUACAAACAGUGCAAGAGCUCGAAAGAUCACAAGAUGCAUCGAUGAAUCUAGAGCUAAAGAUCCAAGAGUUUUUUCUGUGGUUGACAACAAAGGAUUCACAGGGUUAGUAAACAUGCUGGGGGAGCCACAGUUUGAUUCCCAGCAGAGCCAAACUAAAGUCAAACAUGAUGAUCAGCUCUCUGCAAAGAGUCAAGGGCUGAAGAUACACAGAGGACUUCAUGAGCUACUCAAAGCUACACAGAUGUCAUUUUUUCCACAUUAUCUUCAUGGUUUUAUCUCUGAAGCAGUUUGGUUUAAAACUUUCAAUCACACACUUUUGCAGGAGGAGAUGUACAUCUUCAUGGAGUACUGUGAUGAGGGCACACUGGAGGAGGUUUCCAGACUAGGGCUGCAGGAACACGUCAUCAGACUCUACAGCAAACAGAUCACUACAGCCAUCAAUGUGCUGCACGAACACGGCAUCGUCCACAGGGACAUCAAGGGUCAGUGUCACAAACUUACCUUGUAUUUUUUAAAGUUUUUAUAGACGUGUAAAAGUGCCGCAUCUUUACCCUCUGUUUGAACUUUGUUUAUCAGGAGCCAACAUCUUUUUAACGUCCUCUGGCCUGAUCAAGCUUGGAGACUUUGGCUGUUCAGUCAAGUUAAGGAACAACACUCACACCAUGCCGGGGGAGGUGAACAGCACACUGGGGACUGCAGGUAACCUAUUAAAUGUCCUUUUCUUUGCGUUUUUCCACCACCAGGGGUCACUGUGGCUUGACAACUCUAUUUACAGCGCCUUCUUUUCUAGCUUUCCUUUCACCAAACAAGCUCUGAUCUGUUGCUGAAACAAUUCUUUAUGUAGCUGAAGUGAAGAUGUUAUAUCCAUUUAUACUUGUGAUUCAUAUAGAACUGUACUCUUUAUGUGUAUUUUUAUACAAAUUUGAUCCUCAAACCUGUUUCUUUUUGCCACAUUAUGACACAGUAUGUUUAUCAUGUCUCUGCUUCAGCCUUCUAACUGAUCGUUUUCUCUCUUAAUCAGCAUACAUGGCACCUGAGGUCAUCACCAGAGCAAAGGGGGAGGGUCACGGAAGAGCUGCGGAUAUCUGGAGCUUGGGCUGUGUCCUCAUCGAGAUGGUGACUGGAAAGGUAAGAGAGGAUGGAGAAGAAAUCAAGGUUUACUAUAGUGCUUGUAUCUUUUUUGGUGAUAUUUCAGUACUGCAUAAUACUAAAUAGAAUGUAAGCAUCAUAAAUAAUCAUGAGACUCUGAGUGCAAUAGUUUUCUUGCUGUCUCAGAGUCUGUAAUUUUUCUGUCUUUCCUAAAAAAAAAAAAGUAAAACAAUUUUUUUUCUUCGUCUGAACUCGCAGAGGCCCUGGCACGAGUAUGAGCACAACUUCCAGAUCAUGUACAAAGUGGGUAUGGGUCAUAAACCCCCCAUCCCAGAGAAGCUGAGCACAGAGGGGAAGGACUUCCUCGGUCACUGUCUGGAGAGUGAACCUAAACGCCGCUGGACAGCUAGCAUGCUGCUAGACCAUCCGUUUGUCAAGGUGAGACAGAGCUCAUAGUUCAUACUGUGAAGUCCUGAUGUCAGCUGUCAAGGCUCAAACUAAACAUCAAUCAUCCUUUUUAUGAAGGAGAUGGAUGAAAUAUUGUUGGUGUAAAUGCAGUUCUGUCUCAAUAUGAGGUUAAAUAAUCAAACAAACUUUGUCAGUUUUACAUCCUAAAUCUUCCAGAUUUUAACUUAAGUAACAUAAAAAGGUUUUCAUUUUUAAAAACAAUAAGUUAAAUUUUUGGAUCAAAGUUGUACAUUGAAGGUAAACAGUGUGGAGAAAUCACAGAAUAAGACCAGGAGCUACUCUGGUUGGUCAAAACGUCAUGAGAAAAAAGGGACACAAGAUUUGCUCAAUUUGUGAUUUCACUGAUUGGUAAAUCUCCAACAGGAAAAUCCGUCUUUCAUCCUUGUUUUUUGGGGAUUUUUUUUACCUUCUUUCCAAAAUUGCCCAGUCAGUUUCAGGGCCCAAAAUAUAUGGAAAUGUAGCUAAACAAUUUGACAAAUUGUUGCAUGGCAACAGUGGAAGAGGCCCAGAGAGAGCUGGCCAAGCAGUCGCUGAUAUUAGGGUUUUUGAGACACUAAUGUGAGAUAGUCUUGUGAGCUGAAAAAUCCUGUAAAGCCAAAUAAGAAUCCUAAUGAAAUGUUUCACUCUGUUAAUAUUUCUCUUUUACCUCGUCUGCUUCAGGUUUGUACGGAUGAAGAGUGAACGGACCCUCCUCUGUGGCUUACAAGUUUACAAAUUAAAGCACUACUGUACUCGCUGUCAGCAAAAAAAAACAAAAAAAACAAACAGAACUGUGGACGCUGAGAAGAGGAAGAGACAGCUGCAGGCACAUGGAGUUAAACUGAGGAACUAAAACAGUAUCAUUUCAGAGGACGACUGGACCUAUGGAGUGUAGGGUUGUUGUGUCUAUAUGUACCCAUGGACUGUGGGGGGGAAAGAGGAGGAUGAAGGGGGAGGGGAGGGGUGGACUGUACAUACUGUAAGAAUAGGAGUGGCUUUAAUUCUUGUAUAAACAAUAUUGUAAAGUUUAAGUGACUAUUGCCACAUUUGUUGUUCUCACUGGUGAAGAGACCUCUGGAAAGGCAUUGAAGAAUACUUUUUUAAUAAAAGGGUGAGGGAGGAUGGGAGGGAGGGAGGGAGGGAACAAAAAUAUAUGGCACUUUUAAACUGUUUACCCAAGGGGCAGUUAAGUAGAGGAGGGAGGGGUCUUAUUUCAGUCGCCCGAUGAGGCAGGAGAAGGCGUGGUGAGCCUCGCCGAACAGAAGGAGAUUCUGGUUUAUGAAAUGAACACCAUCCAAAUAUUCAAAUUAAUUUAUCUCUUGUCAUUUUGCCGAGCUCGGGCACGAGGAAGGAUUAUUAUUUUUUUUUUAAUGUGUUGUUCUUUGCCUUUGCUGAGGAGUUAAAUGUCAAGUCGGAGCGAUGUUCAAGUCUACUGGUGAGGAGCUGUUCACGUGACUGGAGCGAAGCUGACUGAGAGGAGAACGAGGUCUGCUCUCCCUCCUUGCUGCUGAACACAAAAUAUCCACAAACGCACACACACACACACACACACUGACACACAACAGAACUUCUGGUCCUCUGCUGCUCUUACAGUGUUUGCUAUGUACAAACAAUAUUAAUAAACCAAUCGUUUUUUUAA